UUAUUUUCUUUAAUUAAUUUUCUGUGGCUUGUUCUAUCUUACUUUCUUUAAUUGUUCUUAGAAAUGUUUAUUGUUCACGUUUAACUAAUUUUAGUGGACUUUGGAGAUAUCUUCUCAUCGGUACGUGUCAACGUGUGUGCAUUUACAUGCGACUGGGAUUAGAUAAAAUACUCUUCCUAAACUCUACUUUAAUCAUGGCUAGUACCAUUUUUGCGGCCUUGUCAGCAUUAAACCCUGCUAAUGAUUCACUACGAACAACAUUGGUGACAAAGAUUAGUAGAGGAUCAGACAAUGUGAUUCCCUUUGGCAUGAAAUCGAACACGAAACGGUCUUUUAUGGGGUGCAGGGUUACAGCGAUUGCCCAAACACCUGAAAAGAUUAAUGGCAAAGUUUAUCGGGGGAAUUUCACAAUUGGAUCGUAUGAGAUUGGCCCCAAGCGGAAGGCAACUAUAGGAACAUUGUUGAAUCAUUUACAGGAAACAGCUGCUAACCAUAUUAGGGAUGUUGGACUGCUCGGUGAUGGAUUUAAUUCGACACCAGAGAUGACUAUAAGAAAUCUAAUAUGGGUUGUUGCUAAGAUGCAGGUUGUUGUAGAUAGAUAUCCUUCAUGGGGUGAUGUAGUUGAAAUAGAUAAUUGGUUUGGUGGUGCACCUAUAAAAGAUGGUUUCGCUAACCAUUGGCUUCUUCGUGAUGCCAAAACUGGUGAAACUCUCGCUCAAGCUAAGAGUGUGUGGAUUAUGAUGAAUAAAGGAACAAGAAAAUUGUCUAAAAUCCCUGAGGAAGUUAGAGAUGAAAUAACACCACAUAUAACGGAUUAUCCUAUCUGGGAUGACAUCAAACUAUCAAAGGUUCAUGACGACAAAGCUGACUUUGUCCAAACUGGUGUAAUCCAGGCACGUUGGAGUGAUUUAGAUGUUAACCAGCAUGUGAAUUUUGGCAAAUACAUUCAGUGGAUUCUCGAGAAUUCUCCUACGCGGAUCUUAAAAAGUCAAGAGCUUUAUGACCUUGCUUUGGAAUUUAGGAGGGAAUGUGGAGUAGGCGAUGAGCUAAAGUCUUUGACAAGAGUUGUUGAAACUAGUGGUUGUACCGAAUGUCAACACAUGCUUCAACUUGAGAACGGAAAGGAGGUUAUGAGGGGAAGAACCAAAUGGAGGCCGUCUAAACACACUGAUGCAGUAAACCUUGAGGUGGUAGUAGAAUUUAGAAGCUCAGCUGACAUGUUUUGGGAAACUCUUAAAACUUGGUCUUCUAUUCUUCCCGAGGUUUUGCCAGAGACUUAUAAGAGUAUUGAAGUAAUUGAAGAUAUGAAUGGAGAAAAGAAUGGAUCUGUUACCCUUUGGAAAAUGAAUCCAAGUACAUUGGUUGAAGGGGCUCCCGUUAUGAUGGAAGAGAUGAAAAAAUUAGAAAAAUUGGAUGAACUAACCAAGACAAUAACCUACAGUGUUAUUGGUGGAGAUUUAUUAAAUCUUUACAAAAGUUAUGAACCUCAGGUCACAGUUACUCCCAGGAUUGAUGUUUGUACUAAAAAUGGUGAUGGUAACAUUGUUGAUGAACAAGAUGACAAGGAUGAAAAAAGUGGAGGCAUUGUGAAGUGGUCUGUGAAGUAUGAGAAAGUAAAUGAGAUGGUUCCCGAACCUUACAUGAUUAAGGACAUGAUUUAUAAGACCAUGCUCAAAUUGGAUGAAUAUAUCCUCUCUAAAGGAAAUGAAGUGAUAACUAACUGAAAAGAGAAUGAGCAAGUAAUUAAAUCAUGGAUCUCCAUCAUAAUCAUGUUUUAUCAUUAUAAUUUAUCUAAUUAGUGAAUGUUGUUAUGUUUUGAAUUCCUUCUCUUUUCCUCAUCAGGAUUUUCUAUUAUAUAAGUAUGUUGUUCUUGUUA